AUGGUUGACAAUCGCUACGCCACAGCUCUGGUCAUCGCCUGUGUGCUGAGCAUACUGGCCACCGUGUAUCUGUCGGUGGCCAUCGGGACGCAGCACUGGUACCAGUACAGCAGCCCCACCGUGCGCGGAGAGGCCAACGUGUCCGAGUUGCGCUCCCUGUAUGAGGAGUUCAUGGAUGGGGAGUUUGAUGAGAAAACCUACAGUGAUACCUUGUUCCGUCUCAACGGGACCGUGGGCCUCUGGUGGCGGUGUGUACUCGUUCCUGUCAGUACACACUGGCACAAAGAGUCAGAUGCCAAAUUGGUGCUGGAGUGUCGGAGCUUCACUCUACCUCAGCAGUUCACUCCUAAAUAUAAAGAACCAGGAAACCACAAUAGCGGAGAAGACAUGCUGCGCACCUACCUGUGGAGGUGCCAAUUUCUGCUGCCACUGGUGUCUCUGGGCCUUGUGGUGUUGGCAGGCUUGACUGGGUUCUGUGCCUGCCUCUGCCGAAGUCUCGCACCCACACUUGGCAUAGGAGUCCUUCACCUGCUGGCUGGUCUCUGCUCCUUAGCCACAGUGUGCUGCUACCUAGCAGGGAUGGACCUGCUCCACCGGGUGUCGAUGCUGCCCGACAAGGUGGAUGGCUCCCUUGGCUGGUCCCUCUAUUUGGCCCUCAUUUCUUCACCUCUCCACAUGAUGGCCGCUGCGCUGCUGGUGUGGGCAGCACGCAGCCACAGUCAGAACUACUACCGCAUGACCGCCUACCGGGUGGCGUAGACUGAGAUUCAUCUCUGGAUCUCUGCCCUGUUUCAAUUCAAACCCCACUCUUGACACCAAGUGGCAUUUUAU